AUGAAUACGCCACCCCCUUCGCCGACGCUAUCCUGCGCACCACCUCCUUUCGUCCUCCUCCUCCUCCACCAUGGAUCUUCCUCAGCUUCACCAUCAUCGUCGUACAUCCUCGACAAGAAGAUGUACAAUUGGCCAUUCCCGAUCACUCUCACCAUGAUCCACAUGGCCUUUUGCUCCUCCCUCACCGUCCUCCUUAUCAAGGUCUUCAAAUUCGUCGAGCUAGUUUCAGUGUCCCGUGAGAUGCUCAAAGCCCUAAUGCCGGUCGCCGUCUACUCAAUCGGAGUCCUCCUCAAUAAGGAAUCCUUCAAAUCGGAGACGAUGACCAACAUGCUCUCGAUCUCCUUCGCGGCGAGGCUAAAUUCGACACAUGGGGAGUGA